AGACGUUCAGGGUCUGAUCGGGUUCAUCAGCUGUGUCUGCAUGUCUCCACCGAUUCUCUCCAAAGAUCCUCUCUUACUGCCCCUAAUGAAGAUUGACAGUUAUGCCCAAAGAAAAAUAUGAUCCUCCUGAUCCUCGUCGAUGUUACACCAUCAUGUCAGCUGAGGAGGCGGCCAACGGGAAGAAGUCUUACUGGGCCGAACUCGAGAUCUCAGGUCGUGUUCGGAGUCUAAGCAACUCUUUAUGGACGCUCACUCACCUGACAGCACUUCACAUCAACGACAACAACCUGACCCGCCUACCCCCCGACAUUGCCAAACUGCCUCACCUGGUCUACCUAAACCUGUCAUCCAACAAGCUGCGAAGCCUGCCCGCCGAACUAGGCAACAUGGUCUCUCUCAGGGAAUUACUUUUAAACAACAAUCUUUUACGAGUCCUGCCUUAUGAACUGGGGAGACUUUUCCAGCUGCAAACCCUGGGACUUAAAGGAAACCCUCUGUCCCAGGACAUCCUGAACCUGUACCAGGAACCUGAUGGAACCCGGAAACUUCUGAACUACAUGCUGGAUAAUCUGGCAGUUCACCCUGAGCAGCUGCCCCAGAGACCGUGGAUCACUCUGAGGGAGAGAGACCAGACGAGUCCGACAGCCGUGUUCACCGUCAUGUGUUAUAACGUGUUGUGUGAUAAAUACGCCACGCGGCAGCUGUAUGGCUAUUGUCCGUCAUGGGCGCUGAGCUGGGAGUACAGGAAGAAAGGCAUCAUGGAGGAGAUCACGCACUGUGACGCCGACAUCAUCAGCCUGCAGGAGGUGGAGACGGAGCAGUACUACACUUUGUUUCUAGAAACCCUGAAGGAUCAUGGGUAUGACGGAUAUUUCUGUCCGAAGUCUCGAGCUAAACUUGUUUCUGAGCCGGAGAGGAAACAUGUGGACGGCUGCGCUGUUUUCUUCAAGACACAGAAGUUCACUUUGGUCCAGAAACACACCGUCGAGUUUAACCAGGUCGCCAUGGCGAACUCUGAGGGCUCCGAGGUGAUGCUGAACAGAGUGAUGACCAAAGACAACAUCGGCGUUGCCGUGCUGCUCGAAGUCAACAAGGACGUUUUCUCUGGAGGUGUGAAGCCUCCUCAGGACAGGCAGCUGAUCCUGGUAGCGAACGCCCACAUGCACUGGGACCCCGAGUUCUCGGACGUGAAGUUGAUCCAGACGAUGAUGUUUCUGUCGGAGUUAAAAAGCAUCGCUGAGCGGGCUACGGGCUCCAUGGCAACCAGCUCGCAGUCCUCUGACCCGUCGUCCAUCCCGAUUGUGCUCUGUGCCGACCUCAACUCACUGCCCGACUCCGGUGUGGUUGAAUACCUCAGCAACGGUGGUGUUGCCGAAAAUCACAAGGACUUCAAGGAGCUCCUCUACAGUGAAUGUUUGACCAACUUCAACUGCAACGGGAAGAACGGCAAUUCAGACGGCAGCAUCACCCACGGCUUCAAGUUGAAGAGCGCCUACGACAGCAACCUGAUGCCUUACACCAACUACACGUACGACUUUAAGGGAGUUAUCGACUACAUCUUCUUCUCUAAGACUCAUCUGAGCGCGCUCGGCUUGAUGGGACCGCUGGACAGCCAAUGGCUCGUCAAUAACAACAUCACCGGCUGCCCCCACCCCCACAUCCCCUCCGACCACUUCUCCCUCCUCGCCCAGCUAGAGCUGAAGCCCCCCCAUCCAUCCCCCUCCCUCAACGGGCUGCACCUUCCAGUCCACAGGUAGUGCAGCCUGGGAGCCCCGCCUCCUUCUUACCCCCCUUCAAACACAGCCCCCCUCCAGGUUUAUACAGGACCGCCCUCCCCCCAGUUUCUACAGUCCCUGUACAGUUUUUUGAUCCUGUUUAAAAACCAUUGACACCAAAGUGGAGUGAAGUAUUCGCCUGCUUGUGUUUUCACACACGGAAAAUUAUUUUUGUUUUCUCUUUUAAAGUUGAUACCAAAUGUUGGGCUGGGGAGGAAGUUGCUACGGUAACCCCUAAUGUCCAUUAUGCUUCUUCUUUUUGUUUAUAUAUUUUCAUGAUCGCUUUAAGACAAUCCACUUUCUUCUCUCCUCACUCAGAUGUCAGAAUAUAAAAAGGGAGAACAAUGUUCAUGUUCUGUUCAA